AUGUGGGAACUCAAUAUCCUCGCACCACCAAUGAGACAUGAAAUUAACCCGUGGCCCUUUGUCCUCUAUAUACAGACCAUUGAUGAGAUUGGUUUCACACCCCACCACUGGAAACUAUUUUGCCUGAACGGAUUCGGAUAUGCAGUUGACUCGCUAAUUCUCUUGAUUCAAUCCAUUAUUUCGACCCAGGCCAGGUUGGAGUUCAACCCAUCAUAUUCCACCGGGCUCACCAUUGCGGUUUAUGUUGGUAUGUUGGUGGGUGCCAUAUUUUGGGGCUUUUCGGCAGACAUCAUCGGCCGGCGUUUUGCCUUCAACUUCUCCCUAUUUAUCUCAUCCGUGUUCACUAUCGUCGCGGGGGCAGCUCCCUCUUGGGUCACACUGGGAUUGUUUGUCUGCUUGAGUGCGUUCGGCGCUGGGGGUAACCUGGUUCUCGAUACCACGGUCUUUCUCGAGUACCUUCCUAGCAAGGAACAGUGGCUAUUGACACUCAUGGCGGCAUGGUGGGGUCUGGGUCAGCUCAUCGCAGGUCUGUUUGCUUGGGCCUUUCUUCCCAACUUUUCCUGUAGCGACGCUUCCACGUGUACUCGAGAAAACAACCAGGGAUGGCGUUAUGUGUGGUACACAUCUGGCGCCUUGGUAUUCGUUCUCUCCAUCCUUCGUGUGACCAUCAUCCGCCUUGAAGAGACCCCCAAGUUCCUCAUUUCCGAGGGCAAAGAUGAACAAGCACUACACGUUCUACGCAACAUCGCCGAUCGACACAACCGCCCAUGCAGCCUCACUAUUGAGCGGCUCCAGGCAUGCGGACAAACCGCUCGUCGUGGGGUUCCAGGAUCUGCUUGGUUUGCGCGGCUCAUUUCCCCCAGCGAAAUUCUCUUCCAUCUCCGCGGCCUCUUUGAAACUCGCAAAAUGGCUCUGUCUACGACCCUGGUCUGGCUCUCCUGGCUCCUCAUCGGCCUCGCGUAUCCUCUUUAUAACGUGUUCCUCCCCACCUACCUUGCAUCGCGGGGCGCAAUGUUUGGAGAGAGUAGCCCGUAUAUUACCUGGCGAAACUACGCUAUUAACAAUACCUGUAGUAUCUUCGGUCCCGUGUUGGCGGGACUCAUGUGUCGCUCGCCCUGGUUUUGGGGCCGUCGGGGAACCAUGAUUAUCGGAGCUGUGGUCACAAUGGUUUUCUUUUUCUGCUAUACACAGGUGCGCACUGCGAGCCAGAAUCUAGGCUUUACGUGUGCUAUUUCUUUUUGCUUGAAUGUGUACUACGGUACUCUCUAUGCCUACACCCCCGAGGUCUUCCCCUCUGCCCAUCGGGGCACAGGAAAUGGCGUUGCCAUUGGACUCAAUCGUAUCAUGGGAAUCGUCAGUGCCGUUAUCGGCCAGGCCGCAAAUACCAGCACGCCCGUGCCGAUUUACAUAUGCGCAGCCCUUUACCUUGUGAUGGCGAUUAUUGCCGGAGCUUUGCCAUUUGAACCGUAUGGUCGGCGAAGCAGCUAA